AUGCUCGCGCCGCUGCGCUUCGCGCUCGUCGUCGCGGCCGCCAGUGCCGCGGGCGGGACGCGGCCCGGCCCGGCGGCCCACUACGUCAUCCGCACGUCGGACCUGCACGCGACGCUCGAGUUCACGACCCGGGUCCUGGGCCUCGUCGUGCUGCGCCACGAGGAGAACCCGGAGGCCUGCCCGAUCACGUGCAACGGCGACUACGCCGUGCCCUGGAGCAAGACCAUGGUCGGCACGCGCGCCGAGGACGAGGCCUACGCGCUCGAGAUCACGUACAACUACGGCGUCGACGGCUACGCGCGCGGCUCCGGCCUCCACCUCUUCGAGAUGUACGUCGACGACGCGGCGGCGGCGGCGGCGCGCGCGACGGCGCUGGGCUACAGCGUGCACGGCACGUCCGUCGUCGGCCCGGACGGCUACGCGUUCAAGCUCCGCGACCGGCCCGCCGGCCGC